AUUAGAUGCCAAGAACAGCAGCAGAUUUACUCUUUGCAAUGGGAACUUUCAUGGUUGAAAAUAGAAUUCAUGAAACAAAUUAACUAAUGAAUUAGGGAAACUAAUCUAAUGAUAUAUGUUGUUUUUCUUUAUGCUGUCAGGAAGCAUGAUUUUUAAAGAACUGAAUUAAUACAGUAUUGACCAUAAAUGUAGGAACUAUCGUCAAUUGCUCUAUUAUUAUACCAACAGCUCAAGCAAUGGAGCCACUAGAUGAAUUCAUGUAUAAAUACAAAGGAUUCCAUUUCAUAAGAGACCUGUCCUCACCUGAAAGUAUAGAUGCACUGGACAGUUUUGAAAUCCGAGAUGAUGAUGUAUUCAUAAUCACAUAUCCUAAAUCAGGCACAAUAUGGACUCAGAAUAUUCUGAGCUUGAUUUUUCAUGAAGGUCAUCGAGAUGGAACUGAGAAUAUUACCCUGGCUGAAAGAGCACCAUGGCUGGAGUAUAAUACCUUCCAUGUAGAUUAUCGAAGUCGUCCAUCACCUCGUCUCUUUUCUUCCCAUCUGCCCUACUAUUUGGUACCCAAAGGAUUACAAAAUGGAAGAGCGAAAAUUAUUUAUGUCUUUAGAAAUCCAAAGGAUGUCUUGGUCUCUGCCUAUCAUUUUGCCAAAAUUGCACCCAAAAUUGAAACACCAAAAGACUUUGAUACGUUCUUGGAGAGGUUUCUGGCUGGCAAAGGGGUUUGUAAUUUGUGGCUAGACCAUGUCGAAGGCUGGUACGCUCAUAAGGGGGAUUUCAGUAUUCUCUUCCUUUCUUAUGAAGACAUGAAAAAGGAUCUGAGGAGUGCUGUACUGAAAAUAUGCAGCUUCCUCGGAAAAAAGCUAACUCAAAAGGAGCUGGAUGAUGUCGUGGACAAAGCUACAUUUGAUAACAUGAAGGUGGAUGCUAGAGCAAACUACACAUUCAUGACUCCUGGUAUCGUAGAUUGCAGCAAAGGGGCCUUUCUUCGCAAAGGCACUGUUGGGGACUGGAAGAACAUGCUGACUGUUGCACAGAAUGAAAGGUUUGACCGAGUCUUUAAGGAGAGGAUGGAAAAGCUGCCCUUCAAGUUCUGCUGGGACAUUCAUGAGGAUUCUGAGCCUACUUUCGGCUCAGUGGAGGAAAACGUGUGAUGUACCCCUUCAAAUGGUUUGAAUCAGAGAGCACCUUCCAAGAAGAGUCUUUGGAUCACCCUGUAAUGUGUAAUUCUCAACUCUGCAGAGAUCAUAGAAAAAAGGACCAUUAAAUUCUGUGCUAUUAUUAAA